AUGUUUUCACUCCAUGUUGCUGUAUACUUAUUUCUCUCGAUCUCUAUCGUUAGAAGGAGAGCUGGCUCAGAUGCCCGUGCUCGGUCGGCCAACGUCUCUGGAUCGUCCUCUCGGCGCUCAAGUAUCAAUCAGCUCAUGUCCGCUGUGCGACGAUGGUCCACUCCCAAUAUAUCACCCCUUGCCAAGAAACUCAAAGAAUUGCUAAAGCAGUUGGACAAGGCCGCACCCAGUGUGGGGCCAGGGGGUAAGGCCAGUAGGCGAAUGUCCGCGUCAGUGGAGAAGUCGGUGGUGCAAAAAAUCCAUGACGAACUAUUCGCAAAUCCUGAGGUGUCAAAUUAUGCGGAUAUGACGGACGUUCACAUAUUCCUGCAAUGGUACGAGGCUGUGGAGUGGUUUCGUCCCUGA